AUGGGAACACUGAAAAGGCCCUCCAGUUCCUCCGUGAGCCGGGCUGCCAGUGCCAGAAGCGGGAGCAAAGUCUCCUCCAAGAGUCCAAAGAAUGCCAUGAAGCCUGUCUCUUUCCUGAAGUUUGUGAAGGGUAAACCCGCCAUAGCCGAUAAAGCUGCUAUAGCCGCCAAAGCGAGGGGAUCUUCCCCAAAGGAGAAAAAGCAGACUCAGCGAAAAAAGCAAGCGAGACGGAGGACUCCAGAAGAGGAGGCCAUUUGGAUUUGCCAACAGCUCACUCACGGAAAGCUGAAACCCAAGAAUCUCCGAAGAACCACCGGCGACGCAGGCUACGUGUUGCUGAGGCAUGAGGCCAAAAAGUGGGUGACCUUGUCAAGUGUUCAAGAGCUGGCAUACGCUUUGAAGCCACCGGAGGAAGAGUGGUAUCGUUUCCUCUUCGCACAUGUGUGUAGCUUCAUGAUGGAUGGAAUCCUUCAAGUGAAUAGGAUGUACAGGAUCCUGUUUUCGGAUGAGAAGGACAUUUACUACUUCUCCUGCGGCGUGGAGCAUGGCCAUUUCAUUCGAGAUGGUGCCAAUCAGUUCUUCCAGUUCUUGAAAGCCUAUGAGGUGACAGAUUUCAAGGCUGCCAUUGAGGACAAAUCUUCUGACAUGAAGUUGUUGGAAAAUUUGCUGGUGAAAUUUGCCAAGCUGCCGGAGCAGACUCUCGCAGACAUGGAAAAAAGCAUGAGGCAUGCUUGGGAAGCCUGCGCAGUGCAAAGCGGAACCGCGGCUCUCUAUGGAGCGAUGAAGGCGCUGGGCGUCUCCGAGCCCACACACCACGUCUUGGUGCCGGCCUUCACCUGUGCCGCCUGUGCCGACGCCAUUGUGCAUGCGGGCGGCAGGCCCAUUCCGAUCGACUGUGACUUGGAGUCGUACGGCGUCUCCUUGGAAGCGGUCCAGACCGGACUGGCCGACAAGAACGUGGUGGGCAUCGUCAUCGCGCCCUGCUACGGCGUCCCCGCACGGGACUUCGCGGCCAUCCAGGCUCUUUGUAAAGAGCGCGGCCUUUGGCUUUGCGAGGAUGCCUGUGAGUCCUAUGGAGCCAGCUGCAACGUGCGCGGUUUCAAGGUCCCCGUCGGUUCUCUGGCGACUCUCUCUGUCGUCUCGGUGCGUUCGGAGAAGAUGAUCGGCGUGGGGGAGGGUGGCGCCAUUUUGGGCAACGACGCCACACUGGUGGCGCGCGCCAAGUGGUGGUGCUCGCGGGCACCCUGCCGUGGUGUGGGCUUGUGGCGGGUCUACGAGCACGACGCAGUGGGUCAGAACUUUCGGAUGCCGGAGAUGCCCGGUGCCACAAGAGGAGGUGCCACAAGAGGAGGUGGCUGGCUGGCAGGUUAG